GCUCCGUGCAAGAACGGGACAUCACAGGAAGUCAAUAGCGACGGGGUCAUUAUGCCGAGCUGUGUUGUACGUGGUUGUAUUUACAAAUGGAAGAAAGGUGAUCGUGCUGUAAUGCUUCAUGGUUUUCCAAAGGAACCUGAAAAAAUCAAACUUUGGCUGUAUCAGACUGGACAAUAUGGUACCGACCUUGACAAAAUGGUUGAAAAGGUAUAUCUAGGAAAAGUAUAUGACACAUACAGAAUGUGUUCAUUGCAUUUCUCAAAUGACAGUUACUACUAUGACCGUGAUCGGAAACUUUUAAGGAAGGAUGCUGUUCCUACUAUUUUUAUUACAAAAACACCUGGUGUUAUUCAGAAAACAUUCAGCUCUGGUAAAAUACGCACACGUUGGAUUCCGGUUCCAGUUCCUUCUAAACCAUCCUCAGAAAUCACCAUCAGGCAAGUGACUUUAAUUCCUUUAUUUCCUCAAGCAUGCAGAACUAGUGAACAGUCUAAUUCAAACAGCUCAUCAUCACUAACUGUUCAACCAUCUGCAACCACUACACGUGAGGACACGAAAAUACAUUCUGCCUUAUCUGGUGUAAGUCAGCAGCCAUCUAUAUCAAGACCUUCUACCUCAUCCAUUUUGGAAGUACCAGUGUCCUUAUCAUCGUGUGCUCCAUCUGCUAUUUCAAAAUUUACAGUAUCAUCCCAUGGCGGUGAACUUGUACCGCUACCCACUGCUAAGUUACAGCAAAGUACUUUAGCCCCUGUCACGAUUCUGGAAAAAACGCCCUCUUCUUUUCUCUCAAAUUCCAACUUGCCUUUGAAUACCCAGCUCAGACCAGAAGCUACAUGCUCAAGGACCACCACAACUGCUUGUCCACUAAUAUCCUUAUCUUCAACAUCAACUGGAAAAAAUUGUGCAUCGAGGUCUGACUCUUCCAACAAAUCUCAGACUGCUCCACCGAUCAGUAUUCCUUUGUCUGUUGUUAGUGCAACACAGCCGUGCUCCAUGACAGUUCUUCCAGUUUCUGGAACAGUGUCCUCUGUGACACAGAAGCCACCAACAUCUGGUUUGCUACAAAAAAAAAACUCUCUAUCUGUUGUCCAUAUUCCACUUAAAACAUCUUCUUCACAAUCUGUAAUCCCUGGUUGUCAGCCGCCAUCAAAGAAAAGAAAGCUGGAGGAAGAUAUUGUUUUCUUGGAGAACAGUGCUGCGUCCUGUGUAUUACCUAGCAAUUGUAUGAGCCAAACCUCUAAUACAGGUAAUCUUUAUUUUAUAUCAAGCAGCACCCCAUUGGUUCAGCCAUCUUGUCAGAUUCAGAAGCCUUUAAUGGUUGACAUAGGUGUCAACACGGAUUACUUCAUAAAUAAAAAAAGUUGCUCCGUUGCCACUGACCCAAUGCGUUGGAAAAGAAAUGUACACACACAAACUAAAAUAUAUAAAAAACAUCGUAAAAUUAUGUGCAAAUUAAUACCUCCAAGAGGGCCACUUAAGGACAGUGGAAGAAACUCAACUGAAUCUCUUGCCAACCCAGAAUACAUGGGAGUUAGUGACUGCAGUCCUUCCAGGCCAAGUGACUGUGGUGAUGAUAUAUCUGAAGUUUUGAAAACUGUUGAUUUAGAUUUUGUUAAAGUGGAAAUCUCUUCAGAUUGUGAAAUGGAUGUACAUCAACGCCCUACUUCAGAAAUCCAUAUCAAAGAAGAAAAUGAGUCUUCUGCAGGACAAGCAGUUCUAUCCUCAGGAGCUUUUAACAGUACCUGUACAUUACCACAUUUUGACAUUAAUACAAUGAAGCUAGAACCCAAUAUAAAAACAGAAGAGGAUCAAUUCCCAAUUUCUUGCUCCAUACCAAAUAUCACUAAUUUUGUACCACAGAAUCCGAAAAUUGAAAGGACUUCACCCAUUCCAAGUGAUCCAUUUGCUCCAGGUUGGAGAAAUCCAACUUCUUGGGAAACAUCUGCCAUACAGACUGAUGAUGAACUAGAGGAUCUAAAUGACUCCUCGUUCUAUAUCAAUGAAAUGAGUGAGGAUGAAGAUGAAUCAUUCUUACUUCCAAGUGAUGCAGAAGAUGAAGACGACAUAAAACCUGUGUUCCAGGACUUGGAUUCACCAGUGGAGAAUCCUGUUGAAGAAGAAAAGUAUAUUGUUUUUGAAUCCUGUCUGAAAAAGCUGAUAAUGAUGAUCCCGUGUAGGUCAGAAACAAAGUGUAUGUCACCACUUACACAAUACAGAAAAGAAACCAUUGGAUCCUAUUUGUCUAUACAAGUUCGUUGCAGAUCUGGUCAUACAAGGUUACUAUGGGAAAGCCAGCCAAGACAUGGAUAUCAACCAAUGGGAAAUGUUCUGUUAUCUGCCGCAGUGCUAUUUAGCGGUUCAAGUUUUCUAAAAUCCCAACAUAUGUUUAAAUUGCUGAAUUUAAAAUCAAUAGACAAAACUACCUAUUAUAAAACUCAGUCUAUGUACCUGUUUCCUACCAUUAAUCAUCACUGGAAGGAGGAACAAAAAGCAGUCAUACAAAGUGUCCAGGAAAGACCACUUUGCUUGGCAGGAGAUCAGCAAUUGGACAAUCCCAGAUUUUCUGCCAGGUUCUCUAUAUACUCCAUGAUGGAUGUGGCCAGCAAGAAAAUUUGUUCAUUUUCAGUACAGCCAGUUAUUCCACAAGUGACAUUGGAGGGGCUUGAAAAAAUAGGAUUUCAGAAGUCUAUGGGUGAGCUCCAAACUCUGAAUGCUGAAGUGAAGAUGAUUGUUACUGACAGAAGUGUUGCUAUUCAGGAACUUCUGAAGGACCAUUAUCCUGGUAUCAUUCAUCAGUUAGAUCUGUGGCACCUAUCCAAAUCAAUUGGCAAUGAAGUUUUAAUGGCAGCCAAACAUAAGGACUGUGAAAUCUUAUAUGAAUGGGUGGAAGCAAUCAGGAACCAUAUUUGGUGGAGUUCUUGCACUUGUUGUAAAAACCCUGAUAUAUUAAUUGAAAAAUGGAAAUCGGUUCUUCAGCAUGUCACCAAUGUUCAUGAGUGGGGUGGUGAUAGUGACUGUAAAGCGUGUCAUCAUCCACCUCUCCCAGAAGAAGUGGUGAAUAGUGCAAACUGGUUGGAAAAAGAUUCGGCCGCCCACGAACAACUCAAAAAAAUAGUUGAAAAUACCAGUCUAUUAAAGGACUUAAAACAUCUCUCCUUCCUCUGUCACACUGGAGAGUUAGAGAUCUACCAUACCACUUGCCUUAAAUAUCGUCCAAAGACGUUACAUUUCUUCCUGGACUCUAUGGUAGCACGAACACAACUCGCAGCCCUUGACCACAACAGAAAUGUGUUUAGAGUUAAAGAACUGGUGAAAAAUGCUUCAAGUGGAAAUGCAUUAAGUACUAUGACACAGGGAUUGGACGUCUCCAAAGGUCAAAAGUCUUGGAUUAUCAAAACAUUGUAUAAACCAACCUGCCAACAUUUUCUUUUUGGCAUCAUGAAUGAUGUCAUAGCUCUUGUCAGAGAGGAGAAAGCAUUUUAAUGACCCUCUUUGAGUUUUUAAGCUUGAGAGAAUUCUGAAAUGACACUUUUUGCUUGUUGCUGAUUGAUAGAUCUUUAAAGGGGAUUUCCGAGAUUAAAAUAUUGAUGAUCUUCUGGAUAGGUCAUCAGAAUCAGAUCUCUGAGGCUCAGCAUCCCCGCUGUUGGCACUUGUGCUUGGUAUUGGUAAUUCACUUAAAUGGGACUAAGCUGUUCCUACACCAUGUGACCAAUGAAGGGGAUUCUGUCACCUGGAUUUUGCCUAUAGAGCUGUGGACACGUGCUGCUAGCACAUCCGCA